AUGGCGGCUCAGAACAAGUUCACAACCUGUACCUUUGUCCUGAAGAAGUGCGAUUUCUCUAGCCCUUCGCUUGCACCAACAUGUGUAAAGAACUUUUGCCAGGGAGAGCCAUAUGGCUUUGGCUCUUGCACAGCGGACUUCACGGGCAUACCUGCAGAGUGCUGCUCGCAGAGCACAGUUGGUGAUGUAGCACAAUGCAUGGCCAACUUUCAGCAGCAGCAGGGAUACGGCAUCUUUGGCGACGCUUGUCUUUCCGUGGAGCGGUUUGUGACCGAGUGCGAGAACGCCAACUCCGGGUUUGAUACGGCAACUUUCGAGCAGCAGGCCAGUUGUCUCUGCUACGACAGCAACAACAACUAUGCUCCAGACGCCUGGGAUAAUGCGGUGGCCACCUGCGUCAGCACGGGAGAGAGUGCUCAUCCAACCAUCUGGAGGGCCUUGCAGAGAAACUCGGAAGUAGUUGGCCUGUGUACCAAGUUUGCUGGUGCUGCAGCCACAACCGGUCCCGCGACAACCGGCCCCGUCCCGACUGAUUCGGCGAGAUUUACCACUACCGAAGAUGUUUCUCCGGAAACAUCAGCAGCUGACAUGGCGACUCCAACCGAGACGGGCUCGACAGCGGCUAGAAGCACGGAUUCAAGCGACCAGACUUCAGUGGCAUCAAGUGUAACACGCAGCGCAGCCGCGACGACCACGACAAGCAGCUCGUCCGCCGCUCGAAUUGGACAGACGAGCUACAUCCAGUUGAAGUGGGCAGCUGUAGGCCUCGGGCUCGUGUUGCCUUGUUUCAUCAUGACGCUAUGA